AAUGAGUUGUAUUAACCAUACUUAAGGCAUUGCUGUAAUAAGAGCCUACCUAUCGAAAUACCUGUUUACCUUCAGUUGAGCUUGACACGGUUGAUCUUCCAUAGAUAUCAUCAGCGAACAUAAGGAACGGAACAAUAUAGAAAAUCUUAGGCAUAAAAAGUUGAAUUUGGCUCUAGACGAUAAGCCAAGUAGUGUGCGGUAUAGCCUUGCACACUAGAGAAGCCACCAUGCAGCAACUGAAGCUGCAAAAAUCCACAGUUAAAUGUUCGUCAAAACGAGCAUGCAGACGGACAAGACCGUUCGCACCGGUAGUGCUUGCUUCGGGCGCAUGCUCGCGUCAGCGACAAGCACCCGUCCAGCAGGACGCCAGUCGCCGUGACAUGCUACUGUCCAUGCUCAGCGUUCCGCUGCUAACUUCGCAUCUAGCAUCUUCAGUAUCGCCAGCGCGCGCCUUCGUUGCUCCGCCGCCCGGUUACAGGGCCAUUGUCGAUAAGCUCGACGGGUACAACUUCAUCUGCCCUGAGAACUGGAUUGUAGUGACGUCAUCCGGCAAUGACAUCUUUCUGCGGAGCCCCAGAAAUGUAGAGGAGAACCUCUUCGUGGACAUGACCUCACCCUCCUCCUCCCGCUUCAAGUCUGUGGCAGAUCUAGGCUCCCCCGAUGACGCGGCUAAGCGGCUGCUGGACCAGUACCUAACCAAGGAGUUCAUGUCGACCCGCAUCGGCAUUGCUCGGUACGGCGACAUCAUUUCAGCUGCAAGCCGGGUGGCUGACGACGGUCAAACCUACUACGACAUUGCAAUCCGCAUGACGUCGUACGCCAGCCGGAACGCCUACGCAGCCACCCGGAUGGAGGUGAUGAGGGACUACUCCCUGGAGUGGGACCGCACGCUGAGCACCGUGUUGGGAGUGGCCAACAACCGGCUGUACACGCUGCGGCUGCAGACCACCACCCCCGCCUACGAGCGCAGCCUGCCCACCCUGCGCACCAUGAUGGAGAGCUUCAGGUGCAGCACGGUGGAGGCGGUG